AUGUCUGUUCCAGCUUGCCGACCGCACAAGGUCAUCCAGGGCCACCACUCGGCCUGGGUCCGCAGGUCAACCCGUCCGCCUCCCAUAGCCGGGGAGGGUCCGGUGACCGCCGACGGGGCCCGCCAAAUGCAGUGGGGGGGUGGGGGCAGCCGUGGGGAUGGAUGGGAGCUUGGCAGCUGCCAUUGUCCCUCCCGGCCGCCGCACGUCGGACCCGGGGCCGCCCCCUCCCUCCGAGGGGGCUGGCCAGGACCCCCAGGCCGCAGCCCCACUGCCUGGAACGGCACAGCUGCCCAGAUCCGCAGCAGCCGCCGAUAUCUGCCGAGCGUCUUGACGAUGACAAGUUUUGCUGGGCAUACCGUGCCGGGAUCCAUUUUCCUGCUCUGGGGAGUGUGGCAGGCUGUGAUAAACGCCGUGAAGCUCUUCAACCGGAAACCGACGACUUAUACACCAAAACUGCUACUUUCCCAGCGUGUGGAAAAUGUGGCCUGCGCCACCACUGCUUUCAUUGGACUGCUAAUUCAGCAGUUUGCACUGGAUGGCCCUGGCCUGCAUCUCUACAAUGAAAAGACUCACCAGUGGGUGGCUCUUAAGAGGUGGCACCAUUCAACCAUAUACCUGUUCUUCUUGGUCAGCAGUUUAGGAGGUAUACUUACACAGUGUCUAUUCAGGCUCCCCUUGGGACUGGACCACCUUCUGCUUUCCAUAGCACUGUUCAACGAAGGGAUGAUCUUCAUUUCCCACAAUCUGAUAGCACCGACUCUUCUGGAACAGAACCUCCACUCUUUACUGCUCAUCCCCAUAUUCAGCGCUGCCGUCUGCCUGCUUGUCGAAGUGCAUUUUAGGGAUCACCCCAUUCUGGCAUUGUUCAGGACCUCCAUGUUCCUUACUCAGGGAACGUGGUUUUGGCAGAUUGCAUUUGUACUGUACCCACCAUGGGAAAGAACCAUUUGGGACCAAAACGACCCUGAAACCACCAUGUUCCUCGCCAUAUGUUUCUCCUGGCACUACCUAGCUAUCAUUUUCCUCAUCUCCAUCAUCUACGGCAUUGUUCACUGCCUUCUUAAGAAGAAAAGAAAAUAUGAAAGCACACAUAUUGAAAUUGAACCCCUUAUACAAGACAGCAGAGCCUACCUGGUUGUUCCUGAUGAAUGUGCUGAAGACUAAAAGGCCUUCAAAUCCUUUGUUUGGAAAUAUGGUUGUUGAGGAAAUCCGAAA